AUGAACCGCACCGCGGCUGAGCUACUAUCCCCCGCCAUCAGCAACACACACGAUGCGCUCCAUCUCCUAUCCGAAGCAGCUGGGAGGACUGAGGAUUUGAAUCGCCAGCAGCAGCUGGACUAUCGCUAUUCCGCGUCCACGUCGAGCUUUGCCUCGCCAAAUGACGCCCUGGCGAGGGGAAACGUCUCGGAGAAAUCUGGGAGGUCCAUGUCCAACGGCCAGCAGUCUCUCCAUCGCUACCAGCCGCAGACCACCGGUUCGACUUCAGUUGGCGUUGUCGAACAUCGUGCUGGUGAAGCGGGGGUUGUUGGGACCAGCGAUGCCGGUGGGGAAGGGUCCAGGUUGAUGAAUGCGCCUCCUUCGUUGAAAGGCGGAUUUGUGGAGGAUAUGGAUUAUGUGAAUGCUGUGAGGGUGUGGUCGAGGUUUCGCUUUAUUAGGGCCGGUUGGUUCAGUGUUGAUGAGGCCAUGGGAUAUAUAGCAUACUACUACGAGCAUCUCGCCCCUUUGAGUCCUAUCGUUAUACCAAACUAUAGUUCUCCAGCAACCCAUCUAACCCUCCUUACCGAAGAGCCCGUCCUGACCGUCACCAUGCUUACCAUCGCAUCCCGCCACAUGCCCCUGACAGGCAACGGCGCAAAUUCCCGCGCCUACUCCAUCCACGAGAAACUGUGGUCCUAUCUACGCGGCAUGAUCGAACGCUUAAUCUGGGGCCAAGAGAAGUUCGACGGGGGCACCUUACCCUCCCAAAUACCCAAAUUCUCCUUCGCCCCUGGUCAAUCGAAUGCGAGUAGCGGAAAUCUGCGAUCACUGGGCACUAUCGAGGCCCUUCUGCUCCUGACGGACUGGCACCCGCGCGCCUUGCAUUUCCCGCCUGGUGAUGAUGAGAAUACACUCUUGGAUAUUGAUCCUCAACUCCUGACGCAGAUCCAGACGCAGUCUCCGGAUAAUCGGGGGAAUAUCGAUCAUGAUCACGAUCCCAUAACGGCGGGCAAGGCACAGAGUAUUAGUGGCGGCGGAGGAGGAGGAGGAGGAGGUGGAGGAGGAGGUGGUGGUGGUGGUGGUAGUAGCUCGGAGGGUCGUCUUGCGUUCUACAAAUGGCUCGAACCUGUUUGGCGCUCCGAUCGCAUGUCCUGGAUGCUCCUCAGCACCGCACAAGCGCUCGCCUUUGAGCUCGGUGUCUUCGACCCCAAAAACGACCAGAUGUCCAACAACGCGAACACGGAGUCCUCGACCGAGCGCAUCCGGAAACGCCGCGUGCGCAAGCUGAUUCUCGUCUAUGUCUCGCAGAGUAGCGGGCGGUUGGGGAUCCCCUCCAUGCUCCCGCUCCCACAAUGGGGGAUAAACAUGGAUCCAGUAUCGUCAGAGGACUGCCGCUUCCUGGACCCCCACGAGGACCGAUCGAUUGAUUUGAUGCAGGAUUGCUGGAUGGAUAUUUCGAAGAUCAUGUAUACGAGCAACCAGGUGUUGUUCCAAAGUAAAGACCAGACCUCGAACUUGAUUAAGAGUGGAAGAUACCGGGAACAAAUUGAUAAGUUUAUACCGUCAUUGAGGGAGUUUAGGACGAAGUUUGAUCGGGUUUCUAUGCCUGCCCAUAUGCGACAUAUCCUGGCUAUUGAAUACGAGUAUACCCGUUUAUAUGUCAACUGCCUCGCCCUCCAGGCCGUCGUAGAUAGAUGGACCACAAUGAGCAAUGAGGUUCAACAUCCAUCUACGGCGGGUUCAACGCGGCCCAACUCAACAGCCCAGACAAAUUCUUCCACUGCUGCCAAUGCAACUGCUUCGUGGCGUGUCCUCAUGGAACAGUACCAAGUCAACGAACCGUAUAUUCAAGAGGUCGUCGAUGCCUCGCGACGGAUUUUGAAAACCGUCCUUGACGGUCUUCUCCCUGGCAAUUCCCUGAAACAUGCACCAGUUCGCACUUUUUUCCGAAUUUUAUCUGGAAUGAUAUUCAUUCUCAAGACCUUCACCCUAGGUGCCAAAGAAGAUGACGUCCGCAUCUCCCUCGACCUGCAAGACCGUACUAUCGAGUCUCUACGCACCUGCGUAGUCGACGAUGUCCAUCUAAGCGUCACAAUCGCUGAUCUCCUCCAGCUCCUAACCUCCAACAUCCGGAACAGGUUCCUCCGCUUCGCGCCCCCAGACCGCGUCACUGGCGAAUGUAGCAGUCGCGAACGAACACCGCAGCCGCAGGCGCAACCGCCCGGACUCAUGUCCUCCCCGCUGUCGACACGACAGUCACCCCAUCCGCCCGACCAUCUCGGCCACGCUUCAUCCCAGCAACUCGAUCAAAGCCAAAAUGACUUCCAAAACCCCGCACGCUGGCAGCAACAACAGCAACAGCAACAUCAGCUCUCUCCCAACACACCCUUCCACUUUGAUACAAACAGCCAUCAUCAUCACCACGCUCACCACGCUCACCCCAACCAUCACCACAACCAUAGCCACAGCCAUCCGUCAACCACCCAUGCAGAUCCCCUCGCCAACAUCCCCGCCCAACCCCUCAACUCCUCCAACCUGACCGUCUCCUUCAUGCCCCCGCCUGCCUCCGUUUACUACAACUACUACGACCCCAGCACCGCCUCGCUAAAGAUGGACCUCGACGGCGCAGAUCCCACCACCACGGCUGCAGCAGUCGCCAAUAACAACAACACCAUCUCACCCGACGUAAUAAAUAGCCAUAACCACACUGGAAACAACGGCGGGUCCUCACCAUCGCUCCCCAACGGUGCCACGAACGGCGCCACCACCAGCGGCGGUGCCAAUACUUCCUCUAUUAACAAUAACAAUAACAACAAUAACAAUGCCCCUGCCGCCACUGCCACCAACAGUGGUGGCGGCGGCGGAGGCCAAUCAGACUGGUUCGCGCUGCCUCUCGAUCAGUUCUUCAACAAUGCGACGAUGGGGGUUGAUCAGGGACUGGGCGGGACGGGGCCGAUGGUGGGCGAGUUUGAUAUGCUUGAGGUGUUGUUGAAGGAGCAGGAUGAUAUGGGGGGUGGGUUUUUGUAG